AUGUCCAGCACUCUGAGCAUCAACUCAACUUUGAGCUUGCCGAAAUCGCAGUACAAGAUUCCACAAAUAGGUUUUGGGGUCUACCAAUCCCCUAAGGACGUUUGUGUUGCUUCCUGCAAAAAGGCCUUCGAAGCAGGGUACCGCCAUAUCGAUACAGCCCAGUACUACGCGAAUGAGGAGCAAGUCGGCCAAGCGCUUGCUGAAAGCGGGCUUCCUCGAAAGGAUGUAUACAUCACUUCCAAGAUUCUGAGCCCUGGCGAGGAUGUCGAGUCUACAUACAAGAAGAUCGCGGACAGUGUUGAGAAGCUUGCCGGGAAGGAUGGUUAUGCAGACCUGUUCCUCAUUCACAGCCCCAACGGAGGAAAAGAGGCUAGAAAGUUGAUGUGGCUCGCUCUGAAGCAGGCGCAGGAAAAGGGCAUAGUGCGAGACAUUGGCGUUAGUAACUACGGCAUCCAACACAUCGAUGAGAUUGCUUCCAUUGAUAGCAAGGCCAGCCUACCUGCUGUCAACCAGAUUGAGCUCCACCCCUGGUGCCAACAGCGCGAGGUUGUCGACUACUGCAAAUCCAAGAGCAUCGUUGUCGAGGCCUACUGCCCGAUCGUCCGUAACGAGAAAGCAAACGACGAAACUGUCGCUAGCAUUGCCAAGAAGCACAGCAAGGAACCAAACCAGGUUCUUAUCCGAUGGAGUCUACAAAAGGGUUUCGUUCCUCUUCCCAAGAGUGACACCCCAUCUCGCAUCGUUGGGAACGUAGAUCUUUACAGUUUUGAACUCGACAAGGAGGACAUGGCUAAACUGGACGGUCUGGACCAAGGAGCCAAGGGCGCUAUUGUUCAGGCAGUAACCAAUGCUUGA